UUUAGUUUGACACCUACAACUUUCCCCUUUUGAAAACGUAUAAAAAUAAAUAUAAUAUAUACAAAUCUUUAGUGGUCUUAAAAAUUCUUAGUGACUUAACUGCAAUGGAAGAUGUGCGCACUUUGCGUUUUGAUAUCCAAUGGGAAGUUUUCGAGGGCAUGCAAAUAGUUGACAUCAAUUCGAAGUACUACGACAUGGUGAUCGAGUUCAUGUGGUCCCAAUCGUUUCUGAAAAGUCUUGUCUACGAGAGUCUGGGACUAUUCGAUGUGCCGAACAUGAAAGAGACUUACUCUUGGUAUGUGCGCCACAUCCUGCGAAACGAGUGCUCCGUGAUGAUGAUCAGCGAGGACGAAACGCAGAUAAAGGCAGUGGGAUUGCUUGAAUGGAUGACCGAGGAGUGGCACUCCUGGGUCUUCUUUCCCUCUUCGUUGCCCCGGAAUCUGUUCCAGCAGAUCAUCAUGAUGAAGAAGGAGCUGAUCGAUGCGACCAAGGCGUCCAUGGGUGUCACCACCUACGACGCCCUCUUCGUCCAUGAGAUCGCCUUUCCGGAUGAGCUCUACUUCAACAAGGACUUCCUGACCACCAUCUUCGAUGUGUUCGGCUUCGUCGCCCAGCACAUGCACAUGCCGCGGGUGAACUUCAUCGCCCUGAGCUCCGUGGACCAGGAGGCCGCCGGUCUGAUCGAGUACGACGAGAUCGGGCGGACCAUCUACUCGAUCUACAAGGUGGGCAACACCCGGCCCUUUGACAUCCUGCGCGAGCUGGACGAGAUGUACGCCCUGCUCUACGAGCUGGUCGUCUCGCCCGUACUGAAGUACAUCGAAAUGCCCGGAUUCGAGGAGUUCCACGAGGCCCUGGAAGCCAGGUUGGCCAAGGAGGCAGCCGAGAAGCGUCACGAUGACGAGAUUUGAACUGUUCUUCGCUGUCAUGUGCACAUAAAUGUCUGCCUACUCUUGGGCUUCAAACUCGUUA